AUGUCCAACUUGUCGCAACGGACAAGAACUUGGUCAACGAGCGAUGCAGCCGAACCCUCGUCCGAUACUAGUGACACCGGAAAGGAACAGGAUCAGCUGCAGCUUAAUAGGGUACUAGUACACGACGCGCAACUGGAAUUUAAACGUCAAGCGAAGAUUUUCGAUGCUCAGAUGCACAAGAUGAAGAAAGAACGUCGGUUCUUCGUCAAGGCUCGUUUCCUGUUCCCGCUCGGAAUCCUGCUUGGAAUAUUAUUGGGUUUCAUCCUCAUCCAGCCUUCAGACUUUCAGGAUAUUCACAGCAACCUUCUUCUCCUCAUAGAAGAGUACGACAUCUCGCUCAAAAUACCAGACAUUGAUCUGUCACGCGUCGAAUUAGAAUGGACCCGAUUUCGGAGCAAUAUUCCAGAGGUCUGGAAGCUGAAUAAUGACGGACGCGAGUUUCAGGCUGGAGAGGCGAUGAAAGCACGAGGCUUGACGGCGCACUAUCCCAUCGUGCUCGUGCCUGGCAUCGUAUCCACCGGUUUGGAAUCGUGGUCUACUUCACCCGACCAUCGCGCUUUUUUCCGCGAAAAACUCUGGGGAGGCUUCAAUAUGGUCACACAAGUAGCUUUCAAUCGUGACAAGUGGAUAGCAGCGAUGAUGCUGGAUCCGGUCACCGGUCUCGACCCUCCAGGUGCCAAAAUUCGAGCUGCGGAAGGAAUAGGUGCUGCAAGCAGCUUCAUGACUGGGUACUGGAUUUGGUCCAAGGUCGUUGAGAAUCUUGCCGUAGUAAACUAUGACACGAACAAUCUUCACUUGACCCCAUAUGACUGGAGGCUUUCCAUGUGGAACCUGGAAGAACGAGACGGCUACUUCUCAAGGUUGAAGUCUACAAUAGAAGGGUUCAAGAAACGACAAGGCAAGAAGACCGUCAUCGCUGCACACUCAAUGGGUAGCACAGUAAUGCUGGUCUUAGAUCUCUUAGGCGUAGACUUCAAAUGGGUCGAGUCUCCCGAACAUGGAGGCGGCGGACUAGAUUGGGUAGAGAAUCACAUCGAGUCCUACAUUACCAUUGGAGGGACACAUCUCGGCGUGGCAAAGGCUAUGGCCGCUUUCUUGUCUGGUGAAAUGAAGGAUACAGUGCAAAUGAAUCCUGCUGGCGCAUACGUCCUCGAGCGCUUUUUCUCGCGAAAGGAGCGGCAGAAGCUAUUCUGUAGUUGGGCUGGCAGUGCUAGCAUGUGGAUCAAGGCGAGUACAGACCAUCAUCUUCGCUGGGCACCUGAUGACGAGCCCGGUUCAUCACAUACUCAUGGUGAAUUGAUUGCCUUCCGACAAGCAGCCGUGCCACUAUCUGCGCAUGGCAGUAUCUCAAGUAUCGAGCAAACAAAGAACAUGACGGCUGAUGACGCAAGCACAUGGAUUUUGGAGCGUACUCCUUCAACAUUUCAGAAAAUGAUUUGGGAUAACUACUCGUUCGGUAUUGAGCGGGAUGAAGAAGUACUCAAGAAGAAUGCGCUAGAUCCGAGGAAAUGGUCAAACCCUUUGGAAGUACAGCUACCAAAUGCGCCUUCCAUGAAGAUCAUUUGUGUUUACGGCCAUGGAAAGGAAACUGAAAGAUCAUACUGGUAUGCUCAUGGACCACACGAACAUGACGAGUCGUUCGCAGAGGUCGAGCAUUCGACUUGCACCGACCCUACCGACAAAUGCAACUAUACAGUACGCCCACCCUUAGAUAUGCCAGUUUCCAGGACGAGCUGGAUAGAUGCUGAUUACACGCAUGAGACCACAACGCCCAAGGUGCGUAAUGGUGUGAAAAUGGGUGAAGGAGAUGGCACCGUCAGCCUAUUGAGCCUGGGAGCGAUGUGUGUAGAAGGCUGGAAGAGACCAAGAUGGAAUCCGGGGGGAAUUAACGUUACCACUGUUGAGUUUCCUCAUCAACCUGUUCCCAACAUUCCCCGGGGUGGCGCAAAUACUUCGGAUCAUGUUGAUAUCCUUGGGUCAACAGGUCUGAAUGAGCUCAUCAUCAAAGUCGCCACUGGUGUCGGACAUGAAGUCGAGGAUCAAUUUGUCUCUCGAAUUCGGGAGUAUGCUCGGCGAGUGCGAUGGGAUUGA